UUAUCUGUGGACUCUGUGGUAUAUAGUUAUCUGUGCCUUUGCCUUGUUCUUGACAAGUGUUUACUAAUUUUAAAUUUGUCAAUAAAAUAUUACUGCUUUUUGCAAUUUUAGUGUAGAAGAUUAACAUACAAUAUAUUUUUUAAUGUAUAAUGAAUGUGUGAAUUACAGUUCAACUGGCUAUAGUGUUGAUUGUGUCAUUGUAGGCUAGUUUCUGUUUACCAUAGAUGAGGGCAGUUCUAGUAGCGUAGCGCCUGAAUAUCCUCAGCAGACCAACAGCAUGGAGGCACAGGCAGACCCCGAGCACGAGCACGCCAUGUUGGGGGUGGACAACAGUGCAGCUGAGGGCGACGGAGACAGAGGGCGCUACAGUAUGAUGGUGUGUGCGUGUUGCAGUAUGAUGGUGCGCUGCGCGUCGCAGUCGUCGCUGGACGAGUGCUCGCAGCGUGCGGCGGGCGCGGGCGCCGGCGGCGGGGGCGCGGCGCACUGCGCGCGCGUCAUGGGCGCGCUCGCGCGGCUGCGGCGCGCCGCCGUGCUUUGCGACGUCACUCUGCACGCGCGCGCUGAUUGCGAUGGGGGCGCGGGAGGCCCAGAAGGCGCGGAGGGCGCGGGGGGCGCAGGGGGCGCGGACAGCCCCGGCUUGCCGGCGCACCGCGCGGUGCUGGCGGCGGCGUCGCCGUACUUCCACGCCAUGUUUACGCAGUUCGACGAGAGCACGCAGCCCUCCGUUACCAUUCAGAACGUGGAGCCGCAGGCGCUGGAGGCUAUCAUCGAGUACAUUUACUGCCCGGACUCGCUCGUCGUCACCGAGGACAACGUGCAGAGCUUGCUGGCGGGCGCGUCGCUGCUGCAGGUGGGCGGGGUGCGCGCCGCCGCCUGCGCCUUCCUGGCCGCCGCGCUCUGCCCCGACAACGCGCUCGGCAUCCGCGCCUUCGCAGACCUGCACGCCUGCAGCGACCUGCGCCACGCCGCCGCGCGCUACGUCGAGGACCACUUCGUGGACGUGCUGCAGUCCGACGAGUUCCUGGCGCUGGCGCCCGACACGCUGGCGGCGCUGCUGGCCAGCGACCGCGUGGCCGUGCCCGGCGAGGAGGUGGUGCUGGACGCCGCCGUGCGCUGGGUGCAGCACGCCCCCGCCGCCCGCGCGCCGCGCCUGGCCGCGCUGCUGGAGCACGUGCGCCUGCCGCUGCUGCCGCGCGACGAGCUGCUGGCGCGCGCCGCGGCCGAGCCGCUGGCCGGCGCCGACGUGCGCGUCAAGGACCUGGUCAUCGAGGCGCUGUCCUUCCACCUCAUGCGGCCCGAGCGGCGCGCGGCGUGCGCGGCGGCGUGCGCGCGGGCCCGGCCGCGGCGCCCGCCCCGCGCGCCCCGCGAGCUGCUGGUGGUGGGGGGGCAGGCGCCCAAGGCCAUCCGCGACGUGGAGGCGUUCCAGCUGGAGCGCGCGCGCUGGCGGCCGGCGGCCGAGCUGCCGGCGCGGCGCUGCCGGGCGGGGCUGGCCGUGCUGGGCGCGCGCGUGUACGCCGUGGGCGGCUUCAACGGCACGUUGCGCGUGCGCAGCGUGGACGUGUACGACGUGGCGGCGGACUGCUGGGCGCCCGGGCCCGCGCUGCUGGCGCGCCGCUCCACGCUGGGCGUGGCCGUCAUCGGACACGUCAUCUACGCCGUGGGCGGGUUCGACGGCGCCACGGGGCUCAGCUCGGCCGAGGCGCUGGACACCAGGGAGGGCGUGUGGCGGCCCAUCGCGUCCAUGUCCACGCGGCGCUCGUCCGUGGGCGUGGGCGUGCUGGGCGGCAAGCUGUACGCCGUGGGCGGGUACGACGGCGCGUCCCGCCAGUGCCUGCAGUCCGUGGAGCGGUACGACCCCGCCGCCGACAAGUGGGAGCCCGUGGACGACAUGGGCGCGCGCCGCUCCGGCGCCGGCGUCGGCGUCGUGGACGGCGCGCUGUACGCCGUGGGCGGCCACGACGGGCCCGCCGUGCGCCGCUCCGUGGAGCGCUGGGCCGGCGCGGGCUGGGCGCCGGCGCCGCCCAUGCACACGGCGCGCCGCAACGCCGCCGUGGCCGCGCACCUCGGCCGCCUCUACGUCGUGGGCGGCGACGACGGCGCCGCCAACCUCAGCUCCGUCGAGGUGUUCGACCCGGCCGCGGACUGCUGGGCCGCGCUGGCCGCGCCCAUGUCCGUGGCGCGCUCCUACGCCGGCGUGUGCGUGGUGGAGCGCGCCGCCUGAUGCCGCGCGCCGGGCCCGCCGCGCCGCGGACCCGGCCCCGCCCCCGCGCCCCCGCCCGCGCCGCCCUACGACCCGGACCCCGCCUACGCCAACUGGCGCCCGCUCUGCGUGCGUCGCCAAGCGUCGGACCAGGACGGCCGCUACGCGCGCCUGGCGCCCGUAAUGUGAUGUGACAUUGUACAGGACGGCCGCUACGCGCGCCUGGCGCCCGUAAUGUGAUGUGACAUUGUACAGGACGGCCGCUACGCGCGCCUGGCGCCCGUAAUGUGAUGUGACAUUGUACAGGACGGCCGCUACGCGCGCCUGGCGCCCGUAAUGUGAUGUGACAUUGUACAGGACGGCCGCUACGCGCGCCUGGCGCCCGUAAUGUGAUGUGACAUUGUACAGGACGGCCGCUACGCGCGCCUGGCGCCCGUAAUGUGAUGUGACAUUGUACAGGACGGCCGCUACGCGCGCCUGGCGCCCGUAAUGUGAUGUGACAUUGUACAGGACGGCCGCUACGCGCGCCUGGCGCCCGCCUGCUGGCGCCCGCGGGCCGGGCGCGCCGCGCAGACGCUGGAGUUCCACUCGCGGGGCGCGGCGGGCGGCGGCGGGGGCGCGGG